UAAAAACUACACCCUAAAAUUAUAAUUUUCCAGCUGUCAUUUUGCUGAUCACAGUGGUAUUAGGCCUAUAGAACACAGCGUAGCCUAAGCCUAUAUAUUUAAAAAAAAAUCAGGAGCAUUUCAUUGCACGUUUUUGUGCGGUAAUAACUAUAAGUAUUAGAAAUAGAAUAUUUUUCAGUCACCUCACCUAAGGGUUAACGAAAUUACCUCUAGCUUGUUAGCGUACGUUUUGUUUUGCCCAUCGUUUGCUUUUUAAACAUAACUGGGCUGCAUGAUACACAAUCACACAGUUCAACGAAAUAUGUGAUUUUAUCAGCAGUGUAUCGCUAUGACACUAGAAUCAUUCCGUGCAGAACUAAGGAGAGAAAUGUGUUUCAAACAUAGCUAGCUAUGGGAAGGAUACCAAGCUAACGUGUUUGUUUACUAUUAGCAAAAGUGGCUAUAGGCACUAGAUAGCUAACAUUUGUAUCCUUCCUGUGCCAACAGAAGAACCGUUGGGAGCGGCUGGCCCUGGGUCUCCUCGACGAUAUAAUAAGCAACGGCCUACAGUAGCAAUUUCAUUUUCAUCAUUGGCUGGAGAAGUGACAGUUCUGAUGUGGGUCUCAGGAUGGAUGAAGAGACUCAGCAACUUCAACUGUUGUCAGGCGGACUAGGACAUCGCAUUCAGAUUGUGACUGAUCCGCAGACAGGCCAAAAGAUACAGAUUGUCACUGCGCUGGAGCAGCUGUCUGCAGGGAAACAGCAGUACAUCUUGACCAAUGCUGCGGACUAUGCCACUUCGGGCAAAGUGAUUCUUACCAAGCAGGAGUCCCCACAGAGCAAAGUGGUCCUCACCACCCCGGAUGGCAACCAGCUUCUUCUGGCCUCUGACUUGGCAGGACAGCAGAUACAGUUUGUGACCGAAGAUGGAUCAGAGGUCGUUCCUGUGGUGGAAUACUGUGUGGUGUGUGGUGACAAAGCCUCAGGGCGGCACUAUGGUGCAGUGAGUUGUGAGGGCUGCAAAGGCUUCUUCAAGCGGAGCAUCAGGAAGAACCUGAUGUACUCGUGCCGGGGGUCUGGAGACUGUGUCAUCAACAAGCACCACCGCAACCGCUGCCAGUCCUGCCGGCUGCAGCGCUGCAUAGCUGAGGGCAUGAAGCAAGAAUCUGUGCAGUGCGAGAGGAAGCCGGUGGAGGUCUGCAGAGAGAAGUCGAACAGCUGCGCAGCAUCCACCCAGAAAAUUUACAUCCGCAAGAACCUCUGCAGCCCCCUCACCGCCACACCCACCUUCGUCACCACAAAAGACGCUGUAAAAUCCUCAGGUCUGCUGGAGUCCAACGUACUGCUGAAUCUUCAGCAACCUUUCCCCAAAGUGGAGAACCCAGACCUGAUAGCAGUGUCUUCUGAAAUGAAUGAGCACUCCCAGGAUGACUUAAGCACUCUGGCCAACGUGGUGACGUCUCUGGACCAGCUGAGUAAGGUGCGGGAGCUAAGCGAUGGCUGCCAGGACGCAGAGACUCUGGUCAUUGAGACACAGAGCCACGAGGACAGCAUCACCACAGAUGCACAGAGUGCAAGUGAUGUUACAAGGGCCCUGGACUCCCUAGCGAGGGUUAUGAACCCCUCAGGCCUCGAGGAGUCACAGGAGGCCUGCAUGCAGCUGGAGUCGGCAGAGCAGUGUGACAGCAUCAUAGAGCUGGAGGGCCCUCUGCUCUCAGACAAACUGGUGCACUUUACGCUGACGAUGCCCUCGCCCACGCCAGAGUACCUGAAUGUCAAUUACAUCUGUGAGUCCGCCUCACGCCUCCUCUUCCUCUCUGUGCACUGGGCACGCUCCAUACCUGCCUUCCAGUUCUUGGGAGGACAUGAGAAUGAGAUCAGCCUGAUGAAGGCGUGCUGGAACGAGCUGUUUGCUCUGGGCCUGGCCCAGUGUGCCGCCGUGAUGAACGUGCCCACCAUGCUCACCGCCAUCACCAGCCAUCUGCAGACCAGCCUUGAAGAAGAGAGGUUGACAACUGAGCGGCUCCAGCAGGUGACGGAUCACAUCUGGAGGAUGCAGGAGUUCUGCAACAGCAUGGCCAGCCUCGCCCCUGACGACUAUGAGUACGCCUACCUCAAAUCAGCCGUCCUCUUCAGCCCUGAUCACCCUGGUGUGGACAACACCCAACAGAUUGAGCGCUUCCAGGACAAAGCCAUCAUGGAGCUCCAGGACUAUGUGACGAGGACCUACCCUGAGGACACAUACAGGCUGUCCAAGUUGCUGCUGCGUCUCCCGGCCCUGCGGUCGAUGAGUGCGGCUAUCACGGAGGAGCUGUUCUUCGCCGGCCUGAUCGGCAGCGUUCAGAUCGACAGCAUCAUCCCCUACAUCCUCAAGAUGGAGGCCACCGACUACAACAGCCAGGUGGUCACCGCCACUGCCUGAUUAUUUAGGGACAUUCAUCUUGGAUAUGUAGAAAAGGCAAUGUAUCCUCCACGUUCCUGGAUGGACUUUUUUUGAUUAAUUAUUGUGAUUUUUUUUUGGCUGUGUAAUGGAAUGGCUAUCAUCAAGCAUAGAGUGUGUGCAUGUUUGUUUGGACAAUGAGUUUGAGAGGAAAAUAGUUCUCCUUUACAACCUUGCUGCUUCGUCAGUCAUGAAUAACAACCUCAAAUUAGAUUGGUACCUGGCAUAGCACCUGGAGGCUCCAACUUCAACGUUAUCUGUUGGAUACGUUCUGUAUCAUGGGCAGUACUGGGUUUCUGCAUUUGGAGAAAAGAAUAUGAGGGGGAGAAAGCUUUCUCAUGUCAUAAAUGUGUAGUACGGACGCCAUUUUGGAGUACGAGAAGUUACUUCAUCUUUUGCCAUAAAUUCUUUAAAUACGCACACAUGAAACUCAUCUUGCUGACGUAAUGCUGUAAAGUAAAGGGUCUGCACAUGCGCAACCAACCCAUAUCCACUUUGCCCUCCAAGAUCAUUGCCCAUGCAUUUUCCAGUGUGAAAUCCUUCCCUCCUCCCCUUCUUUCUUUUGGAGAGGAGAGCGCCCAGAGUCAGGGUUGCGUUUCUCAAAAGCGCUGUUGCUUGUCCACAUAGUAACAUACAGUAGUGGUUUCCAAUGGGAAAUGACAUUGCAAACAACAAAGAAUGUUUUUGAGAGACAUUCUCCUGGAGGAGUGGUCCUCCUCCAUCCAGUAGACAAACAGGAGUCACCCAUCAAGAAGUACAGACUUAGUUACUAGCAACUGGAUUGACUUCAUUUCUAGACACAGCAGCAGACUUUAGGAGCUGGGACACACAACAGUUCAUUGACCAGGGCUAUUCAAAUGGCGGCCCUGGGGCCAGAUGCUGCUCUUGGAUGGCAAGGUUCUGGCCCCCCAUAAGCCCCUUGAAAUACAGAAUCGUUUUUCGGAAUUUAGAGAUAAAAGUAUGGGUUCCGUAUUGAGCUGAAACAGACGUUAAAAUGCAGGAAACUACAUCUAGGAUAUACAAAACUUUCUGGGGGAGGACCCCCAGACCCCCACCUCAAUGAAGUAUUCCGUAUUUUUUAAAUUGACAGUCGUCGGCAACCACAAUACAUACGUAUAGUUCGGCCCCUGUGCUGGGAGGAAUUUGAAAAACUGGCCCUCGUUAACAUUUAAUUGAAUACCCGUCCGUCAUAGACAGUUUGUUUGUAAUAUCUACCGUAGAGCCAACCUAAGUCUUUACAGUUUCUGUAUUUUUCACGUCACAAUUAUUUCAGCAAACCCGCCUGCCACUCUUUAGGUUUUAAAACCAACAACUAUGUUUGAAUUUGGACCGGUAAUUAGCCUGAUAACGCAAAGCAAUCUUGUUAAACUCAUUUGCACAUGUGGGAGCCUUCUAACUGGGCGGUGACGAACCAUCAUGGAUGUAGUGCAUACAUGUGGUCUGUUCAUAACUAGUCACAACAUCAGAGAUGGCAACCUGCCUCCCUGGCCAACACUAGCUGCAUGUCAUUGUGCGUGUUUUCAGUGUGGCUCAGUGUGCGUUUGGCACCCCUGCAGACAACACACGGACACACACACACACACACACACACACACACACACACACAGCAAUAGCUGGCUCAACUCCCAGUGGGUGGCAGGUAAUCAUGUCACCACUUUAUACACACAACGGGGUGUAACACACAAACCAUGAUCAAUGUUUUAGGAGAUAUUCAGUAAGAUUUUUAGCACGUUUAUUUUUAGCAUUUCUUGGGGCUUCAUAAAGAGAGGGUUGGUGUUUUCUUAUUGUCAGAGCUAAGUUCGAACUGUGAGUGCAUCUUGGCUGUUGGGAUUUUAGUGUUAAAUUAUCAUUCAGGGUUCUGAUUUGAAAUCAUGUUAAUGAUCGUUUUGAGGAUUAUAUAAUGUUGUAUAUAGUAUGUUAUCUAAUAUUACAGACCAUUGUGUGAAUACAUUGGUCAGGGGUAAAAGUGAAGACACUAUUUGUUUUUUUUCCAUGUAGCUUUUAUCUCCUCUGUAAGCAAGUGAUCACAACUUCCUAUGGAAAGUGUAUUUUGCUCAGGCUCAGUAUGUUCUUUUACCAAUAUUAUCCUUGUCUUGAAUUUUACAAUGAAGGUUUAUGAAUAUACCUUUUGUAAGGCUAAGCCACCAUUUUGGUAUUAAAGUGAUGCUAAAAUAAUAAUUAUAAUAAAUGGGCACCUCUCUUGCUUCAUAUGUGACUUCAGCUGUUUUGCUCAUUGAAAAAGAAGAAGGAAAAAAAACAGAAUUUUCUAAAUUAUAGAUCUUAAAAACAAGGGAAUGACUGGAAUAACAUGGUUAUGUAAUAAACCUCUGGUACAAUGAGUGUCAGCAACA